AUGCUGCGACGCACGUCCGGAAACAGGGCAUUGCAUGCCUUUGUUCGUUCGCCUCAUUACCGAUCUGUUCCUAGUGCUGGACCGAAUGGAAUUGUGGUCAACCGCGAUAUGCUGAUCCAUCAGUUUCGCGACUUCUACAAGACUCUACAGCACUCUUCUCUAGUUGAUAAGGUCCAUUUGAUGUCUGAGCGACCCUCUGUGGAGGCGUUGCGCGUAGCGGAUCAAAUGACCUCUAUUGGAGCUACUUUUUUAGGAAUGCCUCUGACAGGCAUGGAACAUCGUGCGACAGAGUUCAUGGAGUCGAUGCGGUACGUUCGGGGUGCCGGUGGCCCAUCUACACUUGCAUCAUAUCUUCAGGAUACGGAAAGCUGUCGCUGCCACAGUGGUGAUAUCGUCUGUUUGCCGACUGGUAUUGCGGUUGGGCAUGGCCCUCGCACAAAUGCGGUGGCCCACUCAACGCUGAAGCAGUUAUUUGAGGUUAAGGAGGAUCAGUUCACCUUUGAUGUUUUCACCUUGGAGCAGGAGGGGGACGCGCCACCGCUAGGGGACUACUUUGGCUUCGCUGGCAACAAUGUUCUUUUAACAUGGAAAGAUGAGCAUGGCCUGUUGGCUGUGGAUCAGUACCAGCAGAAGCAACCCAACGCAGAGAUGAAUGUCGUGUAUCUUGAGCCCGGUUGCCAUUUUCUUUCCUUUUACGGUGUUGAUUUCACGACAGACGUUUUGGUGCAGAAAGGGUACGAGCGGUCAAUGGACAGUGUCGCCGCCGCGGGGCUGAAUCCCAUCCCGGUGCAAUGGUCAGAGAUGGACAAACUUGGCAUCUCUAUGCGGGCAGCAGUGCUGCCGCUGAAAUUCCUCAAGGCAAAUGUUGGUGGUAUGCUGUCACGGAACAAAAGCCGCGGGUCCAGGUGGCAGACAACUCAAAUACCGUGA